AUGAAGAUUCAAUUCUUGAUAUCGGUGAUCACAUUCUUUGCAUUGAGUGCAGCUUAUCAAAUUUCAGAAGGUAUCAUCAAAUCUAAUGGUCGUGAAUUAACAUUUUCUCAAGAUGAAGAAACAACAGUUCCAAUUGUAUUUAACGAUACAAAUUCAAAAUUGGAUAUUUUUUUCAAAAUAAUUGGUACAAAACAACCUGAUCAAGUAUUUAUUAAAAUCGUUAAUGAAGAUAAUGUUGAAACUUCUUUAAAACCAAUCAUCAAAUCCACAUCAGAAAAUGAUGUUUAUAAUGCUAAAACUUCAAUUAUUUUCACAAAAUUACCAUCAUUAUUCAAGAUUUCACCUUUAUUGAAAAUUAAACUUAUAAUUGCAGGUUUCCAAGAUUCUAAUCCAAUCUUCACUACAAUAAGUUCAAUUGAAUUAACUCAAGAUUUAAUUUCCAAAAAUUUACAAAAUUAUGAAAAACCUCAAAGAUUUGGUAAAUUACCUGAAAUACAUCAUAUUUUCCAAAAUCCUCCAACUUAUGUCAAUUCAGGAAUUGCCUUAAUCUUUAGUACAAUCUCAAUCAUUACACUAUUGGGAUUAAUCAGUGUUUGGAUUUCAUUAGGUUUAGUUAAUUUGAAAAAUUUCCCAACUGGUAACAUUUUCCAACAUUUCAUCUUCAUUGGAUUAAUUAUUAGUUAUGAAUUUGUGUUUUUCCAAUAUUAUUUAGGUUCAACUAUAUUCCAAACUAUUGCAAAAGUUGUUGUUUUAUUAGGUCCAACUGUUUUCUUUGGUUCAAAAGUUUUAAAUUAUGUUGGAUCUCUUAGAUUAGCUGGUAAACGUUAA